AAAGCUAGCCGAGCAAGCGCCGCCGCGGCUUAUACGCGCCGCUAGCGCACGUAUAGCCUUUUCCACGCGCGUGGGCUGCAGCCCUGUCUGAUCGCUGAGCGAGCACACGCUGCGCCGCGCCGCCGCUGAAGCCACCCAAAAAGAGGUCAGCUGCGCCCUCGCGCCGCGCCGCGCACGCCGCCGACGCCGCGCGCCGCCGACGCAAUGGCGGCCACGGCCCCCCAAACACCGCUCCUCCUCGACCCCUCCAUCCGCGACUGGGUCGUGCUCCCGAUGGUGGCCAUCAUGGUGCUCAUGAAUUUGAUGCGCCACUACGCGCAGCAGGCCAUGAAGGACUCGAAGCCCAUCGACGCGACGGAGAUGCAGCAGAAGCAACUAUUAUCACGAGCUGCUAGAAUAAGGACGCGGGGCUCGCGCUUGCUCCCGUCCGAAUCAUUUAAUGCCAGAAAAGCCUACUUCGUCGACAAGGACAAAGGUUUGUUAGCAAAGAAGCCCAAGAAAGCCACAAAAAAACCGAUGGACCCCAUGGCCAUGAUGGACGGCAUGAAAGGAAAUAUGUUAUAUAUGGUGCCGAACAUGCUGAUGAUGACGGUGAUUAGCUUCUUCUUCUCGGGUUUCGUGCUCGUGAAGGUGCCGUUCCCCGUGACGCAGCGCUUCAAGCAGAUGCUGCAGCGAGGGGUCGAUCUGGCGACGCUGGAUACGUCGUACGUAUCAUCGUUGUCGUGGUAUUUUUUACUGAUGUUUGGACUGCGAGGUUUUUUGCGAGUCGUAUUGGGCGAGGACCCUGAUGCGAUGGACGCCAAUAGAGAGAUGCAGAUGCAGAUGGGCAUGGGCAUGGGCGGCGGCGGGCCGCAAGGGUUUGAUGCUGCUCCUGCGUAUAAACACGAGAGGGAGGAGCUGCAGAUGGCGCAGCACUCCUGGGUCUUGGAGGAUGCGGAGCUGCAGCUGUGCGGGGCCGCCGUGGCGGCGCGCGUGCAGAACGCGGCGCUGGGCGCUCGUCCCGUGAAGAAGGCGGGCGCGCGCGUGAAGAAGGUCCGGCGCGUGAAGAAGUGAGGGUGUGCAUAACUUAUCUAGAGUAUUA